AUGAUUUCGAAGAAAAUAUUCGCUCUACUUCUCUUUGCAUUUGUGGUUUUGAAUUUCUGCACUGAGUUUAGAUCUGUCGCUCAACUUCUGCCUGAAGAAGAAGUACAAGCUCUUGAAACAAUAUCCUCAAAGCUACAGAACAGAUAUUGGAGUGUUCGCCGAAGUUCUUGCAGUGGGGGUGGAGAUCUGAAUGUGACCUUUACUGAUGAAUUUUUUAGCAAUGUGACUUGCAAUUGCUCGUUUAGUGGCGGUACUGUUUGCCAUGUCACAAACAUCCAGCUAAAGGGUCUUAAUUUGACAGGAGUUCUACCAGCAGAAUUCUCAAAUCUUAGUUAUCUGCAAGAAAUAGAGCUUUCCCGCAACUACAUUAGUGGAUCGAUACCCACGAAUUUAGGCCAGCUUAAUCUCACAAUUCUGUCCCUUCUGGGAAAUCGCAUUGGUGGUUCGAUUCCCAAGGAAAUAGGUGAUAUUUCCACACUUGAGCAGCUUGUCUUGGAAGAUAAUCAGCUUGGAGGAUCUCUUCAUCGAAACCUUGGAAGUUUGAGCCGCUUGAAGAGACUCCUUCUUUCUGCAAACAAUUUCACAGGAACGAUACCAGAAACAUUCGUCAACCUAAAGAAUUUAGAAGAUUUUAGGAUAGACGGGAGCACAUUAACCGGGAAGAUACCUGAUUUUAUAGGGAACUGGACAAGAAUUAAUAGACUGUGA